AUGGCGAAGACAUCUCAGGACCAUGUCAACCGGACAGCCAAGUACCAGAGAGCUCAUGUCGAACCCGGUCACCCCGUCGGCGCCGUUGGAGCCCAAUCGAUCGGCGAGCCUGGAACCCAGAUGACGUUGAAAACCUUUCACUUUGCUGGUGUAGCUGGCAUGAGCAUUACCCAGGGCGUGCCUCGCAUCAAUGAGAUCAUCAAUGCGUCGAAAGCCAUCAGUACGCCGGUCAUCACAUGUCCGCUGCUUAAUGACUGGCAAAUUGAGGCUGCACGGGUCGUCAAAGCACGCAUCGAGAAGACACAUUUGGCUGAUGUCCUUCACUUCAUCGAGCUUGAAUGGCACCCCGAUGAAGGGCACAUUAUCCUCCAGAUGGACUGCAAUGCGUUGACAGACAUGCAUUUGGGUAUCGGUACAAGCGAUAUCGCUCAAGCUAUCUGCCAACAACGAAACCUAAAGAUCCUGCUGGAAGACCUGACUAUUGAUAAAUAA